AUGACCAUGAGCUCGGUGGCCGAGACCCUGCUGGGCUCCGACCCCUCCAAAGCCGCGUUCCUGGAGCUCGGGCCCCCCCAGCACUACCCCCUGCACGGCCACCCCCAGCACGACCCCCCGCCCUUCUCCUCCUACGGCCGGCCCGGACACUUCCCGUACCCCGGCGGGGUCCCCCCACCGCCCCACGGGGGUCCCUACCUGCCCUACCCGCCCCCCGGCGCCCCGCACGCCCCCGCCCCCGGGGCCGGGCUGCAGGACACAGAGGCCGGGAAGCCGCCGGCCGUGUCCGAGGGGGAGCUGCGGCUGGUCGGACGGGGGAAGAAGCUGCGGAAGCCGCGCACCAUCUACUCCAGCCUGCAGCUGCAGGCGCUGAACCAGCGCUUCCAGCAGACGCGGUACCUGGCGCUGCCCGAGCGCGCCGAGCUGGCGGCACAGCUGGGGCUCACCCAGACCCAGGUGAAGAUCUGGUUCCAGAACAAGCGCUCCAAGUACAAGAAGAUCCUGAAGCAGGGCCCGGGUGCCCCCGAUGGGGAGCAGCCCCCGCACAGCGUCCCCGCCCUGUCCCCCUGCUCCCCCGGCCUCCCCCCGCUCUGGGACCUCCCCGGGCCGGGCAAGGGGUCCCCGCUGGCCCCCGGGGGCUUCAUCAACACCUUCGGGGCCUGGUACCAGCCGCACCCGCAGGACGCCGUCCCCAGGGCCCCCCUGAUGUGACACUGCCGCCGCUCCAGCACCGCCGGACCCGGAGGGACAGCGGG